AUGCCAAAACGAUUCCUCAAUGUUGAAUACAACACUAUUUCUACUGAAAUCGAUGUGACUGGAAUCAGUAGACUUGGCAAAUUAAAGAGUGCCAUCAAGUCUGAGUAUGGUUCUGCUAUGGCUGACAUUGGUGCUCCUCAACUCCAACUAUACACUGACAGCAACAAGGACCAACUAAUCAACACUUGGGCUGCUUUCAACUCUCUCGCUGCAGACUACUUUGCUGAAAAUGGCUCCUGUGUUGUCAUUGGUGUUUCCCCUCCAUCUUCAAGACAGCCUACUCAAACUGAUCUUUUUGAAGCAGGUUAUACUUCCUUAUCAACAGCAAACCAUCAAUACUUCUUUCGCAAAAAGCAGCGUACUGAAACCAGUGUUUUGUUCUCGCCCUGUCAAAUUCUCUUCUACAACAACGUUUGCAAAGCUACUGAAAAUGAUGGAUGGAUUUUAUUUGGACAAGAUAUUCCGUCCACCUCUUUGAAUAAGCUAUACAUUCGGGACAGUUAUAAAUCCAUUGCAUCACGCAUCAAUCCUGGCAUCAAAAGAGCUAUUAUCACAGGAACUCCUGGCAUUGGCAAGUCUUUAUUUCUCAUCUACUUAUUAUGGAAGCUUGUCAAGGAAGGCAAACGUGUGCUAUUCAUUUAUCAUCCUAGCACUAUCUACUACGAUGGUCAAGGCGGUGUGUUUUACCCUAAUUUUCUACCUUCCAACAACAACGUAAACUUCUGGGCAUCUGACUUGUGGUGUUUGUUUGACGCCAAAGGCAAGAACGCAGCGGAUCUAAGUGCACUUCCCUAUGAAGACUGCUCAUUUGUCUUGUCAACCUCCCCACGACGAGAAAUGGUCAAUGACUUCAAAAAAUUUCCUCAUCUUCGGAUCUUUUACAUGCCGAUAUGGACUGAAAUAGAAUUGGAAACUAUCACCCCUUGUUUUGUUACUGUUAUUGACUGGCGUGAUCGCUUCAAAAUUCUUGGUGGAAUACCUCGAUAUGUUUUGGAAGAUACAAGUGGUGAUCCAACAAAGUUACUUCAAGCAGCAUGUAGGCAAUGCGACCUCGAUGAUUGCAUCAAGAUAAUUGGCUUGAACUCGACUAUUACAGACAAAUCCCAAGUUGUCCAUUCUUUGGUUCACAUGACAUCUGUUGACCCAUUCACAGAAUCAUCUGUUGCUUUUGCGUCUCAAACAGCCUUGGAUAUCAUUGUUCAAAUCAAAGGAACAGAAGCGAAACGCAAGAUGGCGGAACUCUUGGCAUCGUGUGAAGGAAACCCUCUUACUGCUGCACUGUGUGGAUAUAUUUUUGAACCAACGGAGAUGUUUGACAGCCACAAGUUGGUGCAUGGAAAUGAGAAAUCCAAGCCUGAAGAAACGACUCUUACCAUUCCAUCUUCAGUGAAACUAGUUGUUGAUAGAGUUUUACUGGGUCAGACUCAAGAUCAGCUAUAUGUGCCAAAAACUAAAAACUAUGCAGCAAUUGAUGCUUGGAUUCCUGGAAUUGGUGCAUUUCAAAUGACUGUUGGCAAGAGGCAUGAUAUCAAAAGCGGUGUCGAAGAAGAUUUAAAGAUGCUUGGAAAAGGUGCCGAGAAGUUGUAUUGGUUACUUCCUCCACUGUAUUACCAUUCUUUUACCAAGAAAACACCUCAAGAUAUCGACCAAUACGCUGUGAAAAUUCCUUAUCCUACUGUAGAAAAUUAA